CCCAUAAUCCCUUGCGGGUCCUCUUUCAAGCCGGCGCCUGAGAAUGGGUAUCUCAAGGGACAACUGGCACAAACGCCGCAAGACCGGUGGCAAACGAAAGCCCUACCACAAGAAGAGGAAGUAUGAACUCGGGCGACCUCCAGCAAACACAAAGAUCGGUGCUCGCCGUAUCCACACCGUGAGGGUCCGUGGUGGGAACAAGAAGUAUCGUGCCCUGAGGCUGGACGUUGGCAACUUCUCAUGGGGCUCUGAGUGCUGCACACGCAAAACCAGGAUCAUCGACGUGGUCUACAACGCCUCCAACAAUGAGCUGGUCCGAACCAAGACCCUGGUGAAGAACUGCAUCGUGCUAAUUGACAGCCUCCCCUACAGGCAGUGGUAUGAGGCUCACUACGCCACUCCUCUUGGACGCAAGAAGGGCGCCAAGCUGACUCCUGAGGAGGAAGAGGUCCUGAACAAGAAGAGGUCCAAAAAGACCCAGAAGAAGUAUGAUGAGCGUAAAAAGACGGCCAAGAUCAGCCCGCUCUUGGAGGAGCAGUUUCAGCAGGGAAAACUGCUUGGCUGCAUUGCCUCCAGACCAGGCCAGUGUGGACGAGCAGACGGCUACAUCCUGGAGGGCAAGGAACUGGAGUUCUACCUGAGGAAAAUCAAGGCCAAGAAAGGCAAAUAAAUGUUUGAUACGCCAAUAAAAAAAAAAAAUCUAACAAA